AUGGCUCCUGCGCUUACCGACGCUCUACCAACCGCCCCUCACAACCUGGCUGCCCCGCUGGACAUUUUCCCUGAUGGCCUGAGGACGACUGGUCAACAUGCCCCUCUUUAUGAGCACAUCCGGCCAUUCGAUCGCUUCCCUCGCGAGAUCUCUGGUCCCACUGUCUGGAAGCCCGAAGAUUACCGUGAGAAUCCGGAGAAGUGGACUCACAGGUUCACGCCCGAGCAGGUUGCCGAGCUCAGCACCGCAGCUGAUGCUUUUCUUACCUCGAAGACUCCUUUGACUGGUAUCUCAAAGAGCAACUUCCGCCUCCCCAAUCUGGCAGAUUACCUCGAGACUCUGCGCCUGGAUAUCAUUAAUGGCAAGGGCUUCAUCCUAUUCAAGGGCUUUCCUGUCGAGGAAUGGGGCAAUCACAAGUCAGCUGUCGCAUACAUGGGUUUGGGUACCUACCUGGGCUACUUCGUCAGCCAGAACAGCCGUGGCCAUGUUCUCGGCCACGUCAAGGAUCUGGGCGAGGAUUCCACCCAAAUCGACAAAGUGCGCAUCUACCGUACAAAUGCUCGCCAAUUCUUCCACGCCGAUGAUUCAGACAUCGUUGGCCUGCUCUGCAUCGCCAGAGCCCUCGAGGGCGGCGAGUCUGAUAUCGUCUCUUCCCACCACGUCUAUAACACCCUCGCCGCCGAGCGUCCUGACGUGCUGAAGACACUUACUGAACCUAUUUGGUACUUUGACCGCAAGGGUGAGACCAGCAAGGGUGAGGACGAGUACAUCCGCACUAGCGUUGUGUACCUGGAGCGCGGCGAGAACGGUCGUGUCUACACUAAGUGGGACCCCUACUACGUCCGAUCCUUGACCCGCUUCUCCGACGCAGGCAUCAUUCCCCCUCUCUCUGCCGAGCAGCAAGAAGCUCUUACCGUGCUGGAGGCAACCUGCAACCGUCUCUCCCUCCACAUGAUCCUCGAGGUUGGCGACAUCCAACCACGCGCCUCCUCUACUCCUCGCCGCCACCUGAUGCGUCUGUGGCUGGCGACGCCUGAGCAUGAGGGUGGCUGGAAGUUGCCUUUCUGGGAUAGCAAUGAGAAGAAGCGUGGUGGAAUUCAGGUCGAUGACCAGCCACCCGUCGCACCUCUGGAUGCAGAGUAA